UUUUAACUAAAAAAUUUUUAAAACCACACAAAAAAGUGUAUACUGUAUGAUUUAGUUUAUUUAAGGUACAAAAAAUGGAUCUGUGGUGUUAGAUGUCAGAAUAGUGGUUACCCUUGGGAGAGGAGAGUAGCUGGAAAGAGGCGGGAGGAAGCUUCUGGGGUACUGGUGAUGUUUUAUUUCUUGCUCUGGGUUUUAUGGCAAGGGUGUGUAGAGUUAGUGAAAUUUUGGGGGUUACACACUUGUGAUUUGCGUAGUUUUCCAUAUGAAUGUUACACUUCAAAAAAGAUUCCAAAAAUGCCGAUUAUGAGCCCCAUAGCAGACGACAGACUCAGAAUCUCUGAGGAUGGGACCUGGGGACCCCGCAAUUUAAAGAUUCCCCUUCCAGGUUUUUCUUAAGAACAUUGGAUUUGGGGAAUGUUUGCUAAAGGAAGGGGAUUAGGUGAAAAUCCGUCCCAUGCCCAAGAAUUCUUCAAUUCUAACCUAUUAAUAAAUAUUCCUUAGAAAAGAAAUUCCUGAUAUACUUGAGCCAUUUACCUUCUCCUAUUAGGAAAAUGCACGUCAUCUUUCAGGUGCUGAGAAAGAGAACUAAGACAUCAAUGAGAUUUGGAAAUGUUGAGUUUAAUAUAUUACCUUUCUUCUAAUUUGUCAUACAUACUCUAACCUAUGAACGAACAUUUUGAAGCCCUCUGAAAAACGGCAGGUGCUAGGACCUGAUGGCAUUCAGGCAAGUUCAGAAGGAGGUGAGGGGUGACACCGCGGGGCGUGGUGCUGUAUAAACAGGUACAGAAAAGCCAGUUCUUCCACAUAUAAGCUACUUAGACUCCAUUGCAGCUCCUUGCUACCAUCUCCAAGACUGUAGCAGCCUGAUCACUUGCUUAUUAAACCAAAACAUGUUUCUUGCAAAGGCUUUAUUGGAAGGAGCAAAUGGAGGCCUUGGAGAAGCUCUUGGAGGCCUUCUUGGAGGAGGCGGUCAGAAAAGAGGAGGAGGAGGAAAUAUUGGAGCGAUAGUUGGGGGAAUUAUGAAUUUUAUCAGUGAGGCUGCAGCAGCCCAGUAUACCCCCGAGCCGCCGCCAUCCACUCAGCAGCAUUUCACCACCGUGGAGGCCAACGAAAGUGAGGAGGUGCGGCAGUUUCGGCAACAGUUUGCGCGACUGGCUGGACCCGACAUGGAGGUGGGUGCCACUGACCUGAUGAACAUUCUCAACAAAGUCCUCGCUAAGCACAAGGAUCUGAAGUCGGACGGCUUCAGUCUUGACACCUGCCGGAGCAUUGUAUCCGUUAUGGACAGUGACACGAAUGGGAAGCUGGGCUUUGAAGAAUUUAAGUACUUCUGGAACAACAUCAAGAAGUGGCAGUGUGUUUUCAGGCAACAUGACACGGACCGUUCCGGGUCUCUGAGGAGUUCCCAGCUGAAGGGGGCUCUGCAGGCGGCAGGUUUCCAGCUAAACGAGCAGCUCUACCGAAUGAUCGUCCGCCGCUACGCCGAUGAGAAUGGAAGCAUGGAUUUUAACAACUUCAUCAGCUGCCUGGUCCGCCUGGAUGCCAUGUUCCGUGCCUUCAAAUCUCUGGAUAGAAAUGCAAGUGGCCUGAUUGAGGUGUCUAUCCAGGAGUGGCUGCAGCUGACCAUGUACUCCUGAAGUGGGCACUGAGACGGCAGGACCCUCCCCGGAUGGCAGGACUGCUGAGGACCUUGCCAUGCUGUCUGCGUGAUCGCUGGUCCCGCGCCCAACAGCUGCCGUUUCCUGACGAGCUCUUUCACAGCGCUGCGUGUUUUUGAACUUGUGCAGCCCUUUACUGCUUAAUUAAAACAGAUUUUCAUGAACA